UCACACACACUAAUCCCAGGGAGACCCAAGCAUGUCUGGCAUUAGCUUCCGGCUGCAGUGAGCUCAGUGGGGGAGCUCAGGCUGCUGCAGGAGGACCAGAGCUUGAUAUGGAUCAUCAGAAAGGCUCAUUGAUAAUGAACAAAUGCAGGAAUCAGAUGGCUAAGAGGAUAUUGAAUCUCGCUCUGGAGAUCAUCUACCUGCUGGCUGGAGAGGAUUAUAUUGUUGUUAAGAAGUCCUGUGAUCAUGUCAGGAACAACAGCAGUCCUUGUGUAUCUGAAAGUUUCUGCAGGACCCAGAGCCCUAAAACAGUGCCUCCACCUCUCUCAUUGGUACGUGAGCAGAACAAUGACAAGGAGAUCCUGGAACUGACCAAUCAGAUCAUCCAGCUGCUGGGAAUGGGAUAUUAUACAUUAAAAACAAGGGAUGUGUCUGGUUGGUGA